GGUUAAGAACCGGCACACGCUUCUUCCUUCUGCCUUUACUUUUUUUGCUGAUUUAGCCUUAAACAGCUCAAAAUCCACAGCUGAAGAUGGAUGUUUCUUGUCAUCUUCUGGCGAUUACUGGGGUUUUAACUUUAGUUUUACUGUAUAGAUUCAAUCUAUGGAGGUUAAGAGAUCAGAGUCAUAAGGGCAAAUUAUUAGCUCCAGAACCAUCAGGAACCUUGCCAAUCAUAGGUCACCUACAUCAAUUGGGUGCUGAGAAAACACUGGCUCGAACCUUGGCUCGCCUGGCUGAUAACUAUGGUCCUAUCUUCACUAUAUGGCUCGGGGUUCACCGCACGGUUGUUGUAUGCAAUCAUGAUACAAUCAAGGAGUGCUUCACGACAAAUGACAAGGUUUUGGCAUCCAGGCCAAGAUCAAGCCAUGGACAGUACCUUAGUUACAAUUACGCAGCCUUUGCUUUCACAUCUUAUGGCCCUUUUUGGCGUAACAUGCGUAAGAUGGUGUUGGUUGAACUCUUGUCGAGCCACAGGCUCAAGUCACUUAAGCACGUUCAGGUCUCUGAGGUUAACAAUCUGAUGAAUGAUCUAUAUUUGCUCUGCAAGCAAGAGCAAGGCUCAGCCAAGAUAGUGAUCAGCGAAUGUUUCGAUCAUCUGACAUUGAAUAUGAUUACGAGAAUGAUUGCAGGGAAGAGAUACUUCAACUCUGCUAAUGGUGGAGAUGAACAAGGGAGACGAAUAGGGAAACUUAUGAAGGAGUACAUGUAUAUUUCUGGUGUUUUUGUUCCAUCUGAUUUAAUCCCAUUUCUAUGGUGGAUGAAUUUUCUUGGACCAGUGAAAGCUAUGAAGCGUUUGUCAAAGGAAUUUGAUUCAUUGAUGGAAAGUUGGAUUGAUGAACAUAAAUUAAAGAGAAUGAAGAUGAGCGAUGACUCCAUGAACAUGGAGGAGGACUUCAUUGAUGUGAUGCUAUCUUUACUGGAGGAUGAUUUCUUUGGUCAUUCUCGGGAAGACAUUAUCAAGGGCACUGCAAUGACCCUUAUCAUAGCUGGUGCUGAUACAACAUCUAUCACCCUAACAUGGAUCUUGUCCAAUUUGUUAAACAAUAGACGGACACUAGAGCUUGCCGUAGAAGAACUAGACCACAAGGUUGGCAAGGAACGAUGUGUAGAAAAUUCUGACAUUGAAAACCUAGUAUACAUCCACGCCAUUGUUAAAGAAACACUGCGUCUGUAUCCGCCAGGUCCACUGGCAGUUCCACACGAGGCUACAGAAGAUUGUCGCAUUGCAGGAUAUCACAUACCAAAGGGCACUCGUGUAUUUGCCAAUUUGUGGAAAUUGCAUCGAGAUCCAAAAAUCUGGACGAAUCCUGACGAGUUCAUGCCUGAAAGAUUCCUUACAGAUCAUGCGAAGUUGGAUGUUUCAGGUCAGAAUUUCGAGUAUAUACCAUUUGGGUCUGGAAGACGAGCGUGUCCUGGGCUUAAUUUUGCAAUACAAGCUAUACACUUGACCCUUGCUAGGUUGCUUCAGGGGUUUAGCUUGACAACGCCGUUGAAUGAGCCAGUGGACAUGAGUGAAGGCUUGGGGAUUACCUUGCCCAAGGCUACUCCCCUGGAGAUUAAGAUAACACCACGCCUCCGUCCUGAACUAUAUGGAUGUUAGACAACUGUUUGUGAAAUUGACAAGCUGAAAAUAAUUCUGAAGUAUAUAUGUUAUUUCUUGAGCUAAAUCUGUGAAUUUUGCAUUCUAAUUGUAUACCUUAGAAUACCAGUCUUAUAAGCUAUUCAA